AUGGACCCCACCUGCUCCUGUUCCACAGGUGGAUCCUGCACCUGUGUCAGCUCCUGCAAAUGUAAAGACUGCAAAUGCACCUUCUGCUGCCCCGUGGGCUGUGCCAAAUGUGCCCAGGGCUGCGUCUGCAAAGGAGCAUCAGACGAGUGCGGCUGCUGUGCUUGGUGCCGGGAACAGCCUGCUCCCAUUGUAAACAGAGCAAUGUCUGCAAACCUGCAUCUUUAA